AUCCAGCUGUGAAAGCAGAAGUCGACAAAAUGAAGAUUCAGCUACAGCAUUAUUCUUCGCGAGAAAUAGGGAAAACAAUUGUUUACCUAAAUGGAACGACACAAGCCUGCCGCUUUCAGGAGUGCAACUUAGGAAAUUUAAUUUGUGAUGCUGUGGCAUUAUUACCUUGGAGGAACUGAUAGCAGUAUUGCCAUUUGGAGGAACUUUCGACUUGCUGGAGAUCAAAGGUUCUGCUCUAAGACAAGCAUUUGAACACAGUGUUCACCGACACGGGCAAAGUACGGGUGAAUUGCUACAGGUCUCAGGCAUAAAAGUGGUGUAUGAUCUCUCCCAAAAGUCAGGGAGCAGGGUGAUCAGCUUAAAUGUCCUUUGCACAGAGUGCAGAGUACCAACUUAUGUGCCACUCGAGAUGGAAAAGACCUACAAAGUGCUUUUACCUUCUUUCCUUGCCAAUGGCGGUGAUGGAUAUUACAUGCUAAAGGGAGACUCAAGUAACCACAGCAGUGGUAACCUUGAUAUUUCCAUUGUUGAAGACUACAUCAAAAGAAUGGGAAAGGUUUUUCCAGCAGUGGAAGGUCGUGUGAUGUUUUCGGCUGGGACUUUAUUCCAAGCACAUCUCAUUUUGACCUGGGGAUUAUGCAUUUCACUUUUAUAUUUCAUUCUUUAAUUUCAAACUUAUUUCAGACUCUUUGGUCCACACUUAGUUCAUGCACUCUCGGAAGCCAGCAUGUAAAUUCUUGGAGUGGCUGGAAUCCUUUGAGGUUUACUACAUACGGUUUGCAUAUGGUUUAUGUAUAUAAUGUGUAUAUAUGUAACAUUGUCAAUUUUUUUUAAAAGCAAUUUAAAUGAUCCAAAAAGGCAAAUGAUUAUCAUCUGGGGAACAUUCACAAAUGGCAGAGAUAUAAAUCGCAGAUUUUCAUUUGUAUCUGAAUAUCAGCACAAAGCAUGGUUGGAGAAUUCCAACCAGGUUACACAUGAAAAGUGGCCAGUGACAGUAAAUGGUGUUAUGCAACAAUUUCUGUAAAAUCUGUUUAAUAAAAAGAGCAUUCUUUCAUUUUUGGUUCUGUACAUGAUCUUCAGUUAAUGCAAAAGUCAUCAUGAAUGAAGUCUGAAUAAUCUUUCAAAGUCAUGUUCUGCAUUUUUCCUCAGCGAAAAUUAUUCAGAAGAACAAAUAAUGGGAUUUUCCUGAGAUUCAAUAAACAAUAGGCUUUAAUCAA